AUGAGCCGCGCCGCGGUCUUCCGCGAGUGCGUGGCCGCCCUCGCGGACCCCAACGUGCUGGUGACCGUCUUCGCCGCCGUGGCCUUCUCCGUGCUGCGCAUCGCCUUCAUCCUCCACGCCUGCAGGAGCCUUGCGCUGCUCAUGAGCAUCGUCACGCCUGUGGAGGUCGAGCUGCGGCUCUUUGGGGAGGUGCACUUCGUGCCUCGUACUGCCUGGUCGCCCUUCUUCCUGAAAGGCGUCUUUUUCUAUGUCUUCGGAGUCUUUUGGGUCCUGGAGUUCCUUUCCUUCAGCAACAAGUACAUGACCUCCCAGGUCAUUUGUGCCAAUUAUUUCCACCUGAAGGCCCGCAAUGCACAGAUGCAGGAGAUCAACAGUGGGCGGCCUGCGCCCAUUCGAUUUGCCGUGUACUCCAUAUUCAGACGAUUUCAUCUGGGGAGCAUUGCCAAGGCUGCGCUGAUGUCUGCUCCCUGCCGGCUCCUGCGCAGCGUGAUCGGGCUGUUCGUGCCAGACAGGCCGAACCUCGACAAGUCCCUCAACCAGCAGUAUCGAAUCGCCUUCUACCUCUUCUGGCCCCUGAUCAAAAUCGACCUCCUCCUCCUGCGCUUCUACAAAGACAGCGUGAUAGUGAUGCUGGCGCUGAAGGGUUUCAAGUAUAUGGACUCUGCUCGCCGCACGGAGGGGCUACUCAACAGAUCCCGGGGGAAGAUUCCGCACUUGACCAAGUUCACGUCCAGGAUCGAAACAUUCCUCAAGAUGAGCGUUGGGCUGACGAGCAUGAUCUGGGCCUUCUUCUUGUUCCGCGAGCCGCGGCAUGGAGUCUAUCACCAAGUGGAGACGCUCACGGUGAAAGAUUCCGUGUCGCAUAUGUUCGUGACGCCGGAGCACUCACCACUGCUUGCAAUGCCGGUACUCUUUCUUUUCGGUUUGUGGGUAGGCGAUGGCAUGCUUCACCUGAUCACGAUGGCAUCCAAUGCUCUGACCAUUUGCUAUUGCAUCGACGUGGAGAUGGUGGGCGGCACUGAGACGGAUGCCCUGUACGCACCCCCGGCCCUGAAGCUGGUCUACCGGGAUUUGGGCGGCGGCGAGUCUGAACGGGAGCUGGCGGAGCUGAUGGCCAACAACGCGGUCAUGCAGUAG